GGGCACGGUUACCGGGGGUAACGGAGGAGGCAGCACGGUUACCGGGGGUAACGGAGGAGGCAGCAGGGGCAAGAAGAAGGGCAGCAAGACUGGAGGCAACACGGAGGGUAGCGGGGGCAACAGUAACCAUGGCAACGCGGUCUCCAAGCAACAGGAGGAUGGAGAGGCGGGAAGGAGUGGGGGCGUCGGGGGCGACAGCAGUGAUGCUAAGGGAACUGUUACCAUGGGAAACGGAGGAAGCAGCGGGGGCAAGAAGAAGGGCAGCAAGCCUGGGGGCAGUGGUGGCACCUCAGGCAGCAGUAACCAUGCCAACAGUGACACGGGCAGCAGUAACCAUGCCAACAGUGACACGGGCAGCAGUAACCAUGCCAACAGUAACACAAGUAGCAAGACUGGGGGAAACACUCUCUCUACGCAACACAAAGACAAGGACACCCUGCCAAACGGUGAUAUUCACCCUCCCGCCUCUAGGGGCACUGUGGGCAGCAGUGGGGUAGAUGGUAGCGGGGGUGGUGGGAGCAAGAAGGGCAACAAGGCUGGCAGCAACGGUAGCAAAUUAGUCUCAAGCCAGGACAGAGAAAAAGACUUGCCAAACGGUGACAUUCACCCUCCCACCACUAGGGGAGCUGUGAGCAGCAGUGGGGUAGAUGGUGACGGGGACGGUGGGGGCAAAAGCAGCGGUGGCAGGAAGGGAACCAAGACUGGUGGCAACAGUGCAACCACAGGCAACAGUAACCAUGCCAACGGUGUCCAUGCCAACGGGUUGUCCCGGCAACAGCAGGAGGAGGAGUCACGGCAGGCCAGGCUCCUGGAGAAGGUUGCCAGCUUCCUAUUGGUGGACGAGAACGAGGAGAUGCAGGUGACGAGUGUGGAGGAGUUUGUGUCUGGUCUGGGGUGCGGAGCGGAGGAUCAUCUCAAGGUCAUCUCCAUAUUUGGCAACAUCGGAGAGGGGAAGUCACACACCCUCAACCACACCCUGUACAACGGCCGAGAGGUGUUCCGCACCUCUGACUCGCAGGACUCCUGUACGGUGGGCGUGUGGGUGGCGUAUGACCCGGUACACGGCGCGGUGGUCGUGGAUACAGAGGGUCUCCAUGGUAACUGCGGAGGGAAACAGCGCGGGCGUCGCGGCCGUCUGCUGCUGAAGGUGCUGGCGCUCUCCGACCUGGUGGUGUACCGCACACACGCCGACCGUCUCGCAGACCAGCUCUUCCGAUUCCUAUUGGACGCCUCAGAGGCGUACCUGAAGUUCUUCUCUCGUCAGCUGGCGGCCACCGCAGAGCGUUUGGGGACGGACGUGCCGCUCUCGACGCUCGGACCCUCUGUAGUCGUAUUCCACGAGACUGUGCACACGGCACUACUCGCAUCAGAGGCUGUUCUGCAGGAGAGGUUCCGCCGCAUGGGGGGCGUUCCGGAAGCCUUCAGCAGCGUUCGUUACUGUGGCGUCCAGACCAAAGCUCCGCCCACAGACUUCAGGGUUCUAAAGCACACGCUGGAGACCCAACUACGGAACCAAACGACUCGAGCGCCAAGAACACCCGCGGUCAUAUACAACGCCCUUAAGGCCCUGAGUGAGCGCUUCAGUGGGGAGAUUUCAGACGAGCUCAUCACACACACCUGCUUCUUCCCUGACGAGUAUUUCACCUGCCCAGCACUCUGCCUGGCAUGCGGGUCUGGCUGUAAGAACAGUAUGAACCACUUGAGAGAGGGCGUCCCUCACGAGGCCAAACAGCGCUGCCGAUACUCCCAUCACCACGACAACCGCCUCUUCACCUGCAAGGUCUGCUACGAGGCUGGUAAGCAGGUCAUCGUGGUGCCCAAGACGUCGUCUUCUUCUGACUCGCCCUGGCUGGGACUCGCAAGAUACGCCUGGUCUGGCUAUGUCAUCGAGUGUCCUCAGUGUGGUGUGAUCUUCCGCAGUCGCCAGUUCUGGUUCGGCAACGUGGACCCCGUGAACACAGUAGUGCGCACCGAGAUACAGCACAUGUGGCCCGGGUGUGAGGCUCUCCUGAGGGACAACAGUAAUGCUGCUCAGCGUCUGUUGGACGGCGUGAGUCUCGUGGCCCAGAGUGUCUCGGAACUCGGCGGCAAGCCGACCAGAACCCUCAGCUCCUGGAUCACCGACCAGAUCGCACCGCCAUACUGGAAACCCAACGCUCUGAUACUGCGGUGCCACAAGUGUGCGGAGGUGUUCCAGGAGAGUGAGAGUAAGCACCACUGCCGUGCGUGCGGAGAGGGCUUCUGUGAUUGGUGCUCGUCUAAGCUCCGCCCCGUUCCGGAGAGGGGGUGGGGCCUCACGCCGGUCCGAGUGUGUGACGCCUGCUACGAACACAAGGGGGCGCACUCAGGUCUGCAGUCGGAGUGUGAGGAGGAGGAGUGUGGGACGCUGGCCCGGAAGGUCGGGGAGGCCGUUGGAGAAGCCGUCACACACACACUGGGCGCCGUGGCAACCGCUAUGGACAUACCACUAGGUCUGGUAAAGGAUGCCGCGCGGCCCGCCUACUGGGUGCCGGAUCAGGAGACGUCGUCGUGUUCCGGGUGUCGUCGCGGGUUCUCGGCGCGGCGCUCCAGGCAUCACUGCCGUGCGUGCGGACAGUGUGUGUGUGACGAGUGUUCCGCAGCGCGACGCCCUGUUCCCUCCAGGGGGUGGCACCACCCGGUCAGAGUCUGCAGCACCUGCGGCGAGAAGCCCAACGACCUAUAACACACACACACACA